AUGAAGGAUCAUGUUUGUCGCAGGCAGCUUUUAAAGUACCAUGAAAAUGUUUCACAUCAUCUUCAUUUAAGUAAUAAGGUGUAAGAUCUGUACCACCUCCAAACCACCACUGAAUUGAACCAUCUGGAUUUUCAACUUCAAAGUAACGAUAGUUGAAAUGUACUGUUGGAACCAUGGGAUUUCGAGGAUGAAUUACAGCACUUACACCAGCUGCAAAAAAUGGCAUAGAUCCUUCUUGUAGUUGUUUUCCCCGUGCUCUCAUCUGUUGUACAGCAGCUGGUGGUAAUGUGCCAGUAACAACAGACACAUUUACACCUGCUUUUUCAAAUACAACUCCAUCUUGUAAAACACAAUUUAGAAAACAAUCAACACAAUAUAAUGCAGACACAAUACCGCAUAUUCCAAAACCUGAAUAUGAUAUUAAUUUCUUGUGUAAUCCAUCUAAUCGAGACACAAUUUUUAAUAAUAUAAAGGCAAGAAAAACUGUUGGAGAUAUCGAUAAAGUCCUUGAGCUUUCAGGGAAACCAGAAUUAAAAAAGUCUUUUUUGUAUGAGUUAAACAAAAUACCAAAUCAAACAGAUCCAAGAGUAUUAACUUAUGGUGAACCACAAAUUUUAAAACAAUGUGGACAUGAACCAGAAUUUGAUUUUAAGCCACAACAAUUCUCAACAUUAGCUACAAAUUUAAAUGCAUUUAAAAGUCAACUAUUGGGACCUUUAAUUGGAACACGAGGUUACUUGUUCUUAGGAGAUCUAGCACAACUAGAAGAAGCAUUAAUUCAUUUUACAGUCAAAAAGUUAAUGAAGCACGGUUUUAAACUUGUUUCUGUACCUGAUAUUAUUCCUACUGAAGUUAUAGAAAGAUGUGGAUUAAUAACAGAUAAUGGAAGACAUCUUGUAUAUAAUUUAAGUCCUUUUUAUGAAGGAGAUUAUAGUUUAUCUGGAACUGCAGAAAUGUCCUUAGCUUAUAAAGUAAUGAAUACUUUAUUUGAUUCAAAAGAUUUACCAUUGAAAAUGGCUGCUGUAAGCAGGUGUUUUAGGGCAGAAAUAUCUAAUCUCAUCCAUGAAAAAAAUUUAUACAGAGUUCAUCAAUUUACCAAAGUUGAAAUGUUUGUAUGUUCAAAACACGAAGAAUCUGAAGAGCAAUUUCAAGAACUUUUGAGUAUUCAAGAAGAUUUAUUUUCUUCUUUGAAUUUAUAUCUUCGAAUAAUUGAUAUGCCACCUCACGAUUUAGGAUCUCCAGCAUAUAGGAAAAUAGAUAUAGAAGGAUGGAUGCCUGGAAGAAAAUUAUAUGGAGAAUUAUCUAGCUGUAGCAAUUGUACAGAUUAUCAGUCACGACGGCUUGGCAUAAAAUAUAAAACAAAAAAUGGAGAAACUUUACAUGUUCAUACAUUAAAUGGAACUGCAUGCGCUAUACCUCGUAUGUUAAUUGCACUUUGUGAAACACAUCAAACGAAACAUAAUCGUAUUAAAGUCCCUGAAAUUUUACUACCUUAUAUGACAGGAAAGACACUUAUUAAAAAACAACCAAUUGCCAAUAUGAAACUCUUUAAGUACAGACCACAAAUCUAAUACAAUAUCUAACAUUCUUUAGUGAAAUUUAAAAACAAAAGUAAUAAUUAUUUUUUUAUUAGUUUCGUUAUUUGUAUAUAUUGUAUAUUUAUGUUAUUUGAAUUUAUUUGUAAUUUAUAUCAAAAUAAA